GGUUUGUAGAGGCAGGAGGCCUCCGAGCGGCUCGCGUGUCCGCCAUCAUGGCGUUCGCGCCUAUGGGGCCCGAGCCCUCGUUCUUCGACGCCCUGGAUCGGCACAGGGCUUCCCUGUUGGCCAUGGUGAAGAGAGGCGCAGGGGAGACCCCUGCCGGGGCCACCCGAGUGGCCUCUAGUUCUGAGGUUCUUACAUCUAUAGAAAAUAUUAUCCAAGACAUAAUCAAAAGCUUGGCAAGAAAUGAAGUACCUGCCUUCACAAUAGACAACAGAUCGCGCUGGGAAAACAUAAAGUUCGAAGAUUCCGUAGGCCUUCAGGUGAUACCUCAGUGUACCACAAGAAAAAUCAAAAGCAACUCACCAAAAUCCUUUAAAAAAUUCGCUCUAAUUCUGAAAAUAUUGUCCAUGAUUUAUAAAUUAAUACAGAGCAACACUUAUGCAACCAAGAGAGACAUAUACUACACUGACAGCCAGCUCUUCGGGACCCAGGCCGCGGUGGACAGCAUUGUGGAUGACAUUUCCUGUAUGCUGAAAGUACCCAGGAGGAGUCUGCACGUGUUAUCUACGUCCAAGGGAUUGAUUGCUGGCAACUUGAGAUACAUGGAGGAAGAUGGUACCCGAGUCCAGUGCACCUGUAGUGCCUCGGCUACUGCUGUGCCAUCGAACAUUCAAGGAAUGCAGAAUCUGAUGACAGAUGCGAAGUUUCUAUUAAUAGUUGAGAAGGACGCAACAUUCCAGCGGCUCCUGGAUGACAACUUCUGCAGCAGGGUAUCCCCAUGCAUCAUGGUCACGGGAAAGGGUGUUCCAGACCUGAACACCAGGCUCCUGGUAAAGAGGCUGUGGGACACCUUCCAUAUUCCUGUUUUCACGCUGGUCGAUGCUGAUCCCUACGGCAUCGAGAUUAUGUGCAUCUAUAAGUACGGCUCCAUGUCCAUGUCUUUUGAAGCCCACAAUCUCACUGUCCCAACAAUCAGAUGGCUUGGUCUCCUCCCUUCUGAUAUUAAAAGGUUACAUAUACCCAAGGAGAGUUUGAUCCCACUGACAAAGCGUGACCAGAUGAAGCUGGACAGUAUCCUGAGGAGACCUUACAUCACCUACCAGCCCUGUUGGAAGAAAGAGAUGGAAAUAAUGGCAGACUCUAAGAUGAAGGCGGAGAUCCAAGCCUUGACCUUCCUGUCGUCAGACUAUCUGUCCAGAGUGUACUUACCCAACAAGCUGAGGUUUGGAGGAUGGAUAUAAAAUCACAGCGGGGGAACAUGGACCACCAGAGCUUUCUAUUGGCUUGUUUGAGUUACAAACACUGGGUGAAGACGUAUCUAGUCUUAGUUCUGCAACGGUAAAAAUAAUUUUACAUUAACAUAUUUUUGUCAAAGUGAAUUUCAUAGUGCUCUUUAGAAGGUUUGAUCUUCUGUAAGGAUGGAUUCUUAUUCUAUGUUCUAGAGUGAUUCUAAAAUAAUUUAUUUAAUUUUAAAUUUUUAUUAGAAAAACUGUUACGUAUCAUAAAAGUCUAUAAAAAUUUGCUUCCUGCGACAUAACUAACAUAGCAUGAAGUAUCUCAGUAGCAACAAAACCAGCAGGCGAGCCUCAAGAGGUUGCAAAGGAGUCACAGGUAUUCUUUUCUAGCACUUUCUUUUGCCUCAUGGUGUAGGUACCUUGCCCUGUUAAUGUCGCUGUGGAGCUAGUGAAGCUUAUUAUAAACAA